AUGAGUCCUGUCGCCUUGCUCUCAGGCAAAGAGGCCACGAAACCCAAUAUCGAAUUGCUGAACACUGAUGCUUCCUGUCCUCUGAGCAUGUGUGGCUUGCCUAAAACAUCAUGGAAUUCUGUUCUUGGCGAGAUUGUGGAUCGUCGUCAGCAUGAGAUGUUGAUAAUCGAUACGAGUCGGCCGAUCACUGACCAGGCACGCUGCUGCAGGUACGUCACGAACUCCUCCGACGCUGCUGUGCCUCUUGCGAACUUGGGAUGUGGCUUGCGCAUAUUUCGGACAUCAACCGAGGAAUGCAGCGCCACAAGCUUUUUCAUGCACGGCGUGGCCGACGCUGGCGCAGUGAUGCUUUCGCAAAACAGAAUCGAGUCGUGUGCUGAAAGAAGCAAGUCCAAGCGUGGCCAACAGCCCAAGGACUCGGAGCGCGCCAUUCGCGAAGCCACAGCUGAAUCAGCGCAACAGGAUCGCAGAGAUUACUACCAGGCAGAUCGCCGUCAGAUCGCCUGGGCUGAUGUUCAGGUCUCAUUUCCACCUGAUGAACCACCGGAUUUUGCGGAGUCGGCGUCCAUGGCUUUGGGAAUCAAUCUUUGCCCCCCAUGUCGAGGCCCCAUCUGUGGCGCUGUCUCUCCCGAUGAGGACUAUGGUUCAGCUUGUGAGGCUGCUACUGUAGAACACAGAAGUUUGUAG